AUGAAACCUUCCCUGCAAGUCGAAUUUUGUGGACAUAUUUAUGAAAACCCGUUGAUGAACGCAUCAGGGGUGUGCUGUAUGACAACCAAUGAAUUAGACGAUAUGGCACGUUCGAGCUCAGGUGCCUUCAUCACCAAGAGCGCUACUUCUAUGGAGAGAGACGGCAAUCCUGAACCUCGUUAUGUUUCGGUCCCGUUAGGCAGUAUCAAUUCGAUGGGGCUUCCUAACAAAGGAAUUGAUUACUAUCUUGAUUAUGUUUUAGAUAGACAGGACAGGUUCCCUUCAGAGAACCCACCUUUUAUGUCUGUUGCAGGGAUGAGUAUUGAUGAGAACAUAAAAUUACUCCAUAGAAUACAGGACAGUAAUUUUAGAGGUAUCACUGAAUUGAAUUUAUCCUGCCCGAACGUUCCUGGGAAGCCCCAGGUGGCAUAUGACUUCGAGUUGACUGAUCAAAUACUAAGCAGUGUGUUUGAAUUUUUCACGAAGCCGCUAGGGGUGAAGCUUCCGCCAUACUUUGACUUCGCACAUUUUGAUGCUAUGGCAUGUAUUUUAAACAAGUACCCAAUUGCCUAUGUGAAUUGUAUAAAUAGUGUUGGGAAUGGACUUUAUAUUGAUGUGGAAAAGGAAUCUGUGGUCAUCAAGCCAAAAGAUGGGUUUGGUGGUAUCGGAGGUGAAUACAUUAAACCUACAGCGUUGGCAAACGUACGUGCAUUCUACAAUCGUCUGAACGGACGUAUUAGAAUUAUUGGAACAGGUGGUAUCAAAACCGGUCAAGAUGCUUUUGAACACCUACUAUGUGGAGCGACCAUGCUUCAGAUUGGCACUGAGCUUCAAAAUGAAGGGACUGAAAUUUUCGAAAGAAUCAAUGCCGAGCUAUUGCAGAUCCUCGAACAAAAGGGCUAUCAAUCUAUUGAAGAUUUUAGAGGCAAGCUGCGCUCCAUCUCAUAG